GAGGGGGAGAAAAGGAGGGAAAGAAAAGUAAAAAAGAAAAGUUCCCAGAUUGCUAAAACAUUAUAGGUUUGCAGGCUUUGGUUUGUUUAGAUCGUCUCUGCAAAAAAUUUUACUUCCCAGGUGGGGUGUGGACAUGAGCGACGGAUAUUCUCCUCAUAGUAACAACGGCGGUGUAUGAAUAGCAGUGGUGACGGCAACGGCGGAAAUAUGACGAAGAAAGCCAAGAAGAAGGGUGGCAGUAAGAAGAAUAAGAAGAUGACUGUGGAGCAGAGUCUUGCUGCCAAAUAUGUGAGCGAAUGGGCUUUUCUGGAUUCUAAUUCCGCUUCUACUUCUUCUUCUGUCGAUGAUUUUGGGGUGCAGAGGAGUCAUAAUAAAUUUGCGGAUAGGGUGGUAUUCGAGUUACAUUCUCAUUCGACUCGUAGUGAUGGGGUUUUGUCUCCUACAGCGCUUGUUGAGAGAGCCCAUAGAAACGGGGUAAAAGUUCUUGCCUUAACUGAUCAUGAUACCAUGUCUGGCAUCCAUGAAGCCCUGGAAGCUUCUCACAAGUUUGGCAUCAAGAUUAUUCCAGGCGUUGAGAUCAGUACAAUAUUUUCUCCAAGAGGGGAGUCUGAGGCUGAGGAGCCAGUUCACAUCCUUGCAUAUUACAGCAGCUGUGGCCCCACAAGAUUUGAGGAACUAGAGAAUUGCUUGGAAAACAUAAGAGAUGGCCGUUACCUCCGUGCAAAGAAUAUGGUUUCAAAGCUAAAUAACCUCAAGAUACCUCUUAAAUGGGAGAAUGUUGUCAGGAUUGCAGGAAAUGGAGUGGCUCCUGGAAGGUUGCAUGUGGCUCGUGCCAUGGUUGAAGUAGGGCAUGUGGAGAAUCUGAAGCAAGCUUUUGAUCGAUAUCUAUAUGAUGGUGGACCUGCCUACUCUACUGGUAAUGAGCUCCUUGCAGAGGAAACAGUGGAACUGAUAUGUCGGACAGGAGGUGUGGCAGCUUUAGCUCAUCCAUGGUCUCUGAAGAACCCUGUUGCAGUUAUCAGGAGGUUGAAAGAUGCAGGCCUUCAUGGGAUGGAGGUUUACAGAAGUGAUGGAAAAUUGGCAGUGUUCAGUGACUUAGCCGACACCUAUGAUCUUUUGAAGCUUGGAGGAUCUGACUUCCAUGGUAGAAGAAGUCGUGAUGAGUCUGAUCUGGGAAGUGUGAAUCUACCUGUGCAGGCAGUGCAUGAGUUCCUUAGGUUUUCCCGACCUAUUUGGUGCAGUGCAAUCAAGGACACGCUGCAGCGUUUUGCUGAGGAACCAUCGGAUUCAAAUCUAGAGAGGAUUGUGAAGUUUGGAAAGAUCAAGUACCUUAAAGUUGGUUCAACCUUGAACUGUGGUAAGGACCUGCUUGACCUCUGCCUCUCAUCAUGGCUAACAAAUGAAGAGAGAGAGACAAUUGAUGUUGAGGUCCUCGGCUUGAAGCUUUCCCAGACUGUCAUAAAUCAGAGAGGCAUUCAGGGGCCAUUAUACCCAAUCUACGCCUCCCAAGAUCCCAGAUGGCUGAAUCCUUUGUUUAAAUGCCAAUUUUCUGUUUGAUUGGAACCAGGAGUGUUUGGGAGAAUAUCAAAUUGGCGUGUCCUCCAUUGGUUCUUAGCUUCCUACAUGGCAAUGUAGAGAUAUAUUUAGUGCAUCACAUACUAUCAAAUUGACGUGUCCUAGAACCAUUAGAUCUAUAUCUAGAUAUAAUCAUCUGUAUAACAAUGAGUCAAUCAUAAAAAAUGCUUAUUUCUAAAUUUGACCAUUGGAUGGGAAUCAGCAUAGUAAGGUGAUGUCACAUUGAAUAUAAACAUUUUAGGUAG